AAAGCUCCUAGCAAAAGAAGAGUUAACGCAUAUGAAUUUAAUUGCUCUCAUUAUUUUUUUGAAAUUAUGAAUAACCCUUCUUGUGUUCAUGUGGAUAAGCAUAAAAGUGAGAAAGGCACACAUGUUUACAAAUUAAUACACUCGCAUCUUGUAACUUGUGUGCCUGAAGGAUCACUCACGAAGAAGGCUAAUGAAUGCUAUUGUUACGAAUGUCAAACACUAAGAGGCAGAUUGCAUGCUUGUUUGGAUUGUGUUUAUUUUGGCUGUUAUAACGAUCGCCAUAUCCAUCAACAUGCUGAAACUGAAAAGCAUAAUUUAGCUGUUGAUAUAAAUGUUGGUAAGAUUCAUUGCUUCGUGUGUAAAGACUAUAUGUAUGAUCCUGAGCUGGAGGAAAUUUCUAGACAAGACAAAUUACUUGCUGCUCAAGUGCAUGGUAUUGAUUACUGGGACCCUUGGCUACCUAGUGCUGAAGAAAUUAAACUCUUGAAAGAUCAAGGCAAAUGGAGAAUAAUAGAUGGUACAAAGCUCGGUUUAAGAGGUCUAGUAAAUUUAGGAAAUACUUGCUUUAUGAGCAGCAUAAUACAAGUAUUAAUUCACACUCCAAUAUUUAGAGAUUAUUUUUUAUCAGACAGACAUGACUGCAAAUUCCAAGAUUCAUCCAUGUGUUUAGUUUGUGAAGUAUCCAAUUUGUUUCAAGCGUUUUAUUCAAGAGAUGUGUCACCUUAUGUUCCCUAUAAAUUUUUACACGUAUUUUGGAAAGAAUCCAACUUCUUUGCAAGUCAUGACCAGCAAGAUGCUCAUGAGUUUUUUAUGACAUUACUCGAUAUCAUGUGCAAGCAUUUCAGAGGAGCUUCACAAAAUGACAUUUUGCCUGCACAUGGUUAUUCUCAUGAAUGUGAAUGUAUUAUCCAUCAGAUAUUUACGGGUCUUUUGCAGUCUGAUGUUAUUUGUCCUGCAUGUCACUUUGUUUCCACAAAAACCGAACCGUUUUCCGACAUAUCCCUGGAUCUGAGAGAUAGCCCUCAUCCUGGUGCGGCAGGCUGCAGUUCUAGUUCGGCAGAUUUUAUGCACAGCUCGUUGGUGGAUUGUUUAGAAAGAUACACUCAUCAAGAGCAUCUUGAUUGCAAAAGGAUUUGUGAUAACUGCAAAAAUGAAGUGCAUUUAAUUAAGCAACUGACAAUGAAAAAACUACCCAUUAUAGCAAGCUUCCACUUGAAACGCGUGAAACCUUCUUGGAAAAAUUCUACUCAUGUGUCAUUCAAUGAAUGUCUUGACAUGACUCCAUUCAUGUGCUUUACUAGGGGGAGCUUGAAAUCUCAAUACGAGGAAACUCCAUUUAACUUGUUCACUAAAAGUGAUAAAAGCUUUGCACUAUUUGCUGUUGUGAAACACCUAGGAAACGAAGAAGGCGGCCAUUACGUUGCAUAUGUGAGGCAGCAUGGGAACGAAUGGUAUCUGUGUGAUGAUCAAAUAGUGCAAAGAGUUAGCCUUGAAGAUGUCCUUCAAAGUGAAGGCUACCUUUUGUUUUAUCAUAAAAGACUGAUAGAGUAUGAAAUGGACAGCACAUAAUCAUUGUUAACAUAUUGACAUUGUAUGAGAAAA